AUUCGGUUAACCGGAAAAUCGAUACUGUUUUCUUGGCACACACAUCGUUUAAUUGUGGUGUCGCAGAAUGCAAAUAAAUGGCUUGCGUUGUGAACUGUUCCCAAGAAGCUUCAACAGAUUCCCCAGGACUGGUUAAAGGUAAAAUAACUAUGGAAAAUGCAUAACUCGCUGGUGUCCAAGUUGCUGAUUCGCCUGCUACUGCUGUUCGCCCUGGUGUCUGUCGCAUCCAUAGUGGUUCUCACCAAAUGCGGAUUUGACGAGUUGACCACGCGGGAAACACAGGCCAGCAAUCCAAGCGAAGCCAGCGGCUUUAGUUACGCCUUAAGCGAAAGAGAAGCGGAAAUCGAAAGGCUUAAACAUGAAGUUCUUGCCCUACGUACGCAAAUUCUUUUUCUGAAGAACAACCAUACUAGCCACAAUAAUGGAAAGUUGUCCAACGGCAGCCUCCAGCUGGUGGAGACCACAGUUGGUCCACCCUCUGCCCCACUGUCGCACCACUACGACUGCAGCAGUUAUAUUCGAAAGCAGGUUGGUGCCGCUGAGAUUCUUCACGGACUGCCGCUGAAUAACGAAUAUGAACUGGUGCCCUAUAACCAUUUCACGUUCACCCGGGUAUACCCCAUCGACUUGGGCCUGGGAAAGCGGGUGGUGGAGAAACCCAUUGGCUACCGGCGGCGCGAUCUCAUCGAGGCUGUGAACAAGGCACUGGAGAGCCUGAACCGGAAUCAUUCGGCCAAGAUUAGAGCCAAGGGAGCCGUGGCGGGGUCACCCACCGAUGUGAUCAAGUACACUUUGGACGACUUCGUCGAGGGCAUCUACCGCAAUGAGCCCACAACUGGCACCCAGUACGAGCUCUAUUUCCAAAGCGUAAAGAAUCAGGCGAGCCCGGUGCGGAGGGCGCUGGUCAUGCGCCCUUUCGCUCCUCUGCAAACCGUUCAGCUGUCGGAGCUGACCCCGGCUUUGGAUGCCGCCCAAUCCAGUCCUCCCGUGAUCCAUGUGAUACUGCCCUUGGCCGGAAGGCUGCACAGUUUUCUCAACUUCUUGCACAUGUUUGCCAAGUUGGAGGAUCGCCGCCUGGAGCUCAUUGUGGUGUAUUUUGGAGACAACGGUCUUGACCAGGCCCGUCGAAUGGUCAGUCGGUCGAAAAGAACAGAACUUCUAGCCCUUAAUGAGACAUUUAGUAGAGCCAAAGCUCUGAGAAUUGGUGCGGAGCAUGUGAAGCCCGCUGGAGAGGAUGUCCUGCUUUUUAUGUGCGAUGUGGAUAUUAUGUUUACGACCAGAUUCCUAGAGCGCUGUAGAUGGAAUACAGCUUCUGGAAAGAAGGUCUACUAUCCUGUUGUCUUUAGCCUCUACAAUCCGCAUGUGGUGUAUUCAUUGCAAGGAAAGCCGCUGCCCAGCGAAGAGGAGCAGCUGGUGAUCUCCAGGGACACUGGGUUCUGGCGGGACUUUGGCUAUGGAAUGACGUGUCAGUACCGCUCGAACUUCCUGCAAGUUCGAGGCUUCGAUGAGGAGGAAAUAGUCGGCUGGGGCGGCGAGGAUGUAAUGCUAUAUCGAAAAUAUGUCCGCUCCAAAAUCAAAAUUAUACGUGCCACCGAUCCAGGUAUCUUUCAUCGCUGGCACAUAAAGAUCUGUGCCAGUUCACUGACUGCGGAUCAGUAUCGGGCCUGCAUCCGAUCCAGAGCUCUGAAUGAAGCCUCUCAUGCCCAGCUUGGCUUUUUGGCCUUUCGGGAUGACAUAGCUGCUGCCCAUGCGGCCAAGUUGAACUUGUGAUACUUGUAUAUCCUUCAUGUAUCCUUACAGAUUCGGCUACUCUGGUUUAGGCCAACAUAUGAUUAUGCAUUUGUCAAGAAAAUGGUAGUAAUUUUCUAAAAUUAAUUCAUUUAGUUAGGUUGAAAAGGUUGUUCAAUUUCAAAAACAUUAUUUAAAUGAGAAUAUGUUUUUUAUUUUGUUUAGAAAGACUUUGUUUAGAUAGGGUAUAAAAACAUUUGUGAUAAAAGAAAAGUUAAAUUCAUACAUUUGUUGUUUAAUAAAUUUAGUUAAAUUCAGUUUCCAUUGGAGAUAAAAACUUUAAACACUACCAUUUUGUCACAGAAACAUAAUCACAUACUAUAUAUAACCUAAAAGUAUGUACAAUUCGAGACAAUAACUUGUAUUUAGCAGAAUCGUUGAAGUAGCUUAAUUGUUGAUCUUGUUGCGCCCUCGACAGUGCCACAAACCGACACAUACACAUCACAACACAUCACAAAUUGUUCUUCCAUGAAGUGAAUUAGAUGCAAUCUGUAGAGCCCAAGAAAAUAUAUAUAUUUAUCAUAUCGAAUCAGUAUCUCUUACUAAGCCUACCAUAUCUGCCAGACUGUGGCGCGCUUUGUAACAACUAAAUUAAAUCGUUUAAUUAAA